AUGGCUCACCGAUCGGAUCGACACGGCGGCGCGGUCAAGAGGCGUGCCGGGGUUCCCGCCGCGACCCCGGCGUCGACCGAGACGCCGCGGGACGCCGCGACGGACGAGAGGGCGCACCCCCUCGCGAAGUGGUGGGCCUACGCCGCGGUGAUGAGAGCGCUGAAGGUCUGGGACGCGAUGGCGACGUGGAAGCGCUACGCGUGGAUCACGCUCGUCGUCGUCGGACCGUACGUCGCGUGGGUGUGUUACCUGUGGUUUCACCUUCAAUCGGGCCUUCUGCGGCCCCGGGUCCCGGUCGACCACCCGCGACCGGUCCUCAUCGUCGGCACGCAAUCCUCCGGAACGACGCAGAUGUCGCACCAGCUCGCGAGGAUCGGCCUCGAGGUUGGACACGAGACGAGCGACGCGACGUGGGACUUCGCGCGCGACGGCACCAUCUCCUGGCUGCACGGCAUGCGCUUCAUGCCCGGACGCGCCCCGCCCGCCACCAUCGCACAGCUGUGCCGCCGCUUCCGACGCAACAUGGGCCUGCACCCGGCGCAAUUCCGCUCCCCCGCGCUCGGGUGCUCGUACAGGUCCACCUGGGACAAGUGCUGGAGCGCGGAGUGCGCCGGGAUCGUCACGCGCGAGUGGGGAUGCGCCGCGAGGGGGACGUGCGAGACCCCGUUCGACGUUGCACUCCUCCAGCUCAGGCACCCGCUGCGCACGAUGGAGUCGCUGGCGGCGAAAUUCUGUCCCCCAGACGACGACCUUGCGGGCGCUUUCAAACCGCCCCACGUCGACUUUCUCGAGACGGCCGCCGCGCUGUGGCCCGAACGCACCGACUGGAACACGUCGGGCUGCGUCGACGCGGUCGGGUGGUCCGUCGCGCUGUACACGCGCGACAUGCUCGCGGCGCGAGACGCCGGCUUCAUCGCCGAGGCGUACAGGGUCGAGGACACGUACCCGUGCGAGGUGGCGUCGCGCGCGGGGCUGCUCCUGACGAACGCGCGCGCGCGAGGGCGAUGCGAGACGGUGAUGCGGAAGCGAAAGGAGGGAGUUAACGGCGGCGUCGACGGGCAGGCAGGGCGCGCGACCGUUACGACCGUUACGACGGCGAAGGGUAAGAACGUUCGCAACGAAAACGGUCGCGUUCGAUUCGAAGCGCGCGACGUCGUCUCCGGAGAGCUCCGGGCGCUCAUCGCCGACGUCGCGGCGCGCGGCGGGUACCGGUACGACGACGAUGAGGAGCCGUGA